CUUGCCCCGCGGGGCCUUUUCGUGCGCCGUUUUGGGUCCCGCUACGUCGGGAUGAUCCCCGCUGCGUCCCCAUGGAGACCAAGAAGGCCGAGAUCCCCAGCAGCGUCCUGGACGACCUGUGCAGAUGGGGAGAUUUCUGUCUGCAAAAGUAUGACUUCUCUGUUUCCCCAACCUGCAGCGGCUUAAAACACGCCCUCCCCCGCCACCAUUCUGCUCCUGGGCUUGGGGAGAGGACCCCAAAGAAUAGCUGAGGGAGAUUUUGCUCUCCCAUGUGUAUAGGUGGACGUUUUGCAGUCUAACAUGGCUACCACACAGGAGACUGUACAAAUAUUAAACCUCUGUUAUGCAGCAUCGGCCCUGACCUUGGUGGCCCAGGCUAUCCCAGUCUCAUCAUACCGUCAAAGCUAACCUGGGUCAGCCCUGGUUAGUAUUUGGAUGGGAGGCCACCAAGGAAGUCCAGGGUCAUGACACAGAGCCAGGCAGUGGCAAACCACCUCUGAACAUCUCUUGACUUGAAGACUCUAUGGGGUCACGCUAAAUUGGCUGUGAACAGCACUUUCUGCCACCACAGUGCAGCAUCACAGCGUCUCCCCUGUUAAAUGGUAUCUUUACGGAAGACUGUACACAUGAAGAAGGAAAAUACUUGUAGAAAUGUGGUUGGAAAAUGUUAAUGGAGAUGGUAUAUAUCCUCAUGCCAUGAAUUUCCUUGACUGCCUAUACUUUUCAAUCAUUGCCCUUUUUUACUGCCUCAAGGUGAAGAUGUGCAGAAAGUUUUAGAUGAAUGGAAAGAGUAUAAAAUGGGAGUGCCGACAUAUGGUGCGAUUAUUCUUGAUGAGACGUUGGAAAAUGUGCUUCUGGUUCAGGGUUACUUAGCAAAGUCUGGCUGGGGAUUUCCAAAAGGAAAAGUGAAUAAAGAAGAGGCGCCACAUGACUGUGCUGCUAGAGAGGUGUUUGAAGAAACUGGUUUUGAUAUAAAAGACUGUAUCAAUAAAGAUGAUUAUAUUGAACUAAGAAUCAAUGAUCAGCUGGCACGUUUGUACAUCAUUCCAGGUAUUCCAAAGGACACCAAAUUUAAUCCUAAAACAAGAAGAGAAAUUCGGAACAUUGAAUGGUUCUCAGUUGACAAACUGCCUUGCCAUAGGAAUGAUAUGACUCCAAAAUCCAAGUUAGGUUUGGCGCCUAACAAGUUUUUUAUGACUAUUCCCUUCAUCAGACCAUUAAGAGAUUGGCUUGCUCGGGGGUAUGGAGAUUCCUCUGAUAGUGAUAAUGGAUUCUCAUCCACUGGUAGCACGCCGCCUAAACCAAGUUCAGAAAAAAUGAGAUCAAAGCUUCAUUAUAGCCAGCAAACACUAGCAGAUGGUUCUUCAGGAGAACAGUGGACAAAGCAUAGACAGUUGCAGCAACAAAAGCCGUACAACAAUCAUUUUGAAAUGUCUGAAACAUUAAAACUAAAGAACAUACGAGGUAAUGGUAGAAAGCAAUACGAAGACACUGCUAACCAAAAGAAGAGAACAAAUGGUGUCCAUAGUCAACCAUCUAAACAGAAUCAAAUCUUGAAAUGUGAAAAGAAGUUGCAUCCAAGAAGGCUUCAAGAUAACUUUGAAACAGAAUCUGCAUAUGACGUGUGUUGUGCUGGUGAAGACCAACUCCUGGACCAGGGACAAUCGGUGUCAUGCAGCGGCCACUGCAAGUUCAGUUUUUCCUCACGAGCCUUCCUGGGCUUCAAGUUCGACCACGAUGCGAUCAUGAAGAGUUUUGACCUCUGACAACUAAAUAGGCAUCAGAACAGGAGAACUGCUUGGAUGCUGCUGAGUGGCUUUCCUAAAUCGUGACCCUUUCUCAGGUUUUUAAGAAAUGCAGGGACCUAGUGAUGUGCUGGGAGGCUUUGUUGUCAUGCAGUAUGGAAGAGGCAUCAUACAGUGUUGCACUUUAAAUGCAGUAUAGCUUUUACCUACAGAAAUGUUUUCCAAUGGUUCAUGUGCUAGUUCUUAACUAUGCAUUACAGGGCAUUUUUAUGUGUUUAAAUUGCUUUUAGAGUUAAGGAGUAUUUUAGCAUUAAGCACUAACCUAGGCAUUUAAAUAGCUCUGAAGUACAGUUGCUUCUGAGUUUCCCAGAUUUCCCAAUAGAUGGCAAUCCAAAUGAAACUUCUGUGGAAUAUCUGGCUUUAUGUAGCCUUUUGUGAAUCUUGCAAGCCAAACUUCUGUUUUGUUCUUCAGAAUAAUUACUCUGGCUUUUUUAUAGCUUUUGUUUUUUUGUUGCACUGUACUGGAGCUCUUUGUAUCAGUCAUUUUAAAUUGUGUUAAUAUUUCAAAAUGCUGGAUGCUGGUCUUAACCCACCAUUGAGUUUCAUUGGGAUAUGACAGUGGUAUCAGCCAGGGCCAGUUUGUUUUCUGUGUAUUAGUAUUUCUCUUCCUCUCUUUUGAAUUGUCUAUACAAAACAUUUUCUACUAGAAAAGAAUUGCAGCUACUUUGAAGACACAACAAGGGAAAAAGAGGAUUUGGGGAAACAAUUUACUGUAUAAAAUGUAAAAUAGGCUUUUAAGGUUCUGCACUUGAUGGAUUCAGUGUAUGGUCAAGACAAGCUAUGCCAAUUCACUACUUAGUCAGGUUUGUAAUUGUGCCACAGUUCUCUUGCAGCAUUAUGUCCGAUAAUAUUUUGACUGAUGUACAAUGAGUUUAUUGUGUAAGAAGUAGUUGUGGAUGCAUGCUCAAUAAGGUGUAUAUCAAAAUGUGAAAAUGGGUAGCAAUGGAGAGCAGACUGCAAUAGAACUGAAUUAGAAAUAAUUAUCCUGUAGUUCUGAAGGAAUGUUUGAAUAUGUGAAUGUAACUUUCCUGUAGAACUGCUAAUAGACGUCUCUUCCUCUUACUUGCCCAUGAUUAUCUUUGCUGUUUGUGUCAAUAUUUCAAAUUUCUGUCUUGGUGAGGUAGAUAUUUAAACUGGGAAAUUUGGUGAGUCUAUACUGUUUUGGGAUGGUGCCCUGUUCUUUUAGAAGCACCAUCUGUAAUUUCCCCUCUAAUAAGAAUGUACAAGAAAGUUUAUAUGAAAAGUGUUGGUUUUUUUCCCUGUCUCUAGAGAAAUAGGCUCAACUUAAUUUCCAUGUGAACUCAGUUCUGUUUCCAAUGGGUUUUUUUAAUGGUUGAGUAUGCCUGCCUGCUGAUACCCGCAAUUGGUUGAAAUCAGUAAAUUCAUUGGAUUUUUUGAUCUCUUCAGGAGCAAAAUAGUUGACCAGCUGGUGAUGUGUGGCAAUUCCACUUUUUACCCUGUCACCUUCAUGUAAGGGGAGGGAUGCUCAGUAUUUAUUGCAGUUUGACUUUUCUAGCAAUAAAAGUGCCUAACUUUCCAGCUCCUAUUCCAUUGCAAAUUGGAUUUUCAGGCUGCUUGGAUCAAAAAGCUUCUUACAUGUAGUUUGACUUUCCUGGAAUGUUAAUGCUGUUUCCUUUCCAUGUGACAAUUGAAUGGGUAAGAGAACACUGGCACAGUUGAGUGAAAGUUACGUUUGAAAUGGAUUCCCUCUUGGCAUGAAAUCUUAAAUGGCUGUCCUAGCAAUAUGAGAUGGAACAAAACAACAGUAAGAUCUGUCCUCCAUGUAAAACGUAACUCCUAUUUUUCAAAGAAUAUCUUCUUUAGAAGAGACAGUGUCUGACUUGGGAAUUUCCUAGAUGCUACAAAAACUAACCUGGACUUAAUAAUUGAGCCUUAAAAUGGUUUGAAAGGAAACAUGAUAAAUAUGUAAUAUUUUUCCAGUUUAAAAGGUACCAUAUUUCAAAGCCGCAUAUCUUUUAUUGCUAUCAUCUCUUAAAGUGGUUGGAUAAGAACUAUUUCAUGGGUUCCUUUAGUACCCUGCACUGUGAACAUUUCAGGCUAUUUACUUUGUUGAUUUGUACAUUAUAUUUUUUGCUUGUAAAGUGUUUGAACAAGUCAUUUUAUACUUGUAUAUUCUGAAGUGUAGGCAUAUGAUUUGCAGGGAUUUCUGUAAAAAAUGAAGAAAUGGCAGUUUGGUGAUUGUAAUAGAUUUUUGUCUUGUCUGCUGUGGGCAUUUUAAAGAUGGGAAUAAACAAUCUAUGAAUGAUCUUACUGCUUGCAAA